UCAAAGCAAAGCAUCCUCUCCUCCCCCCCUCCGCCCCACCGCCCCACCCCCCGUCCUCCGGCGUUAAUCCAGAUUGCCGGUGUCUUUGCUGCAGUCCACGCUGCGGUCCUGAGCCUGCACGGGUGUGGGGGGGGCAUCGCCGCGUCCACAUGAGACAGACAUGCUCGCCUUCGUGCUGGUGUCCUGCUCGCUGUGGAUCAUUUUGGAGCUGAGUUCCACGCUGGUGGAGAAGAUGCAGGCCCAGGAGAUGAUGAGCGGCCUGAGGGUACCAGAGAUGGAGGAGCUGGGCCAGUUCUUCCGCUCGCUGCCCACCUCCACGCUGGUGGGAAUCGGCGCUCUGGCCGCCAUGCUGGCCUACUGGCUGGCCACCAGGCCCCGCCCCAUCAAGCCGCCGUGCAGUCUCCUCCACCAGUCUGAGGAGGUGCCGCACGAAGACGGGGGUCGGCGGUCCAUGAUGGGUGACCCUUCCAAGCUGCUGACCCACUACCAUGACGACGCCAGGACCAUGUACGAGGUCUUCCAGCGAGGGCUCCACAUAUCAGGUGACGGACCCUGCCUGGGCUCGCGACUCCCCAACCAGCCUUACAAGUGGAUGUCCUACAAGGAGGUGACGUCCCGGGCCGAGCAUCUGGGCUCGGGCCUCCUGCACCAGGGCUGCCAGCCCAACCCCGACCAGUUCAUCGGAGUCUUUGCCCAGAACAGGCCAGAGUGGAUCAUCUCGGAGUUGGCGUGCUACACCUACUCCAUGGUGGUGGUGCCGCUGUACGACACGCUGGGUCUUGACGCCAUACGCUUCAUCAUUAACACAGCCGACAUCUCCACCGUCAUCUGCGACAAGACGGACAAGGCCCAGGUGCUGCUGGCUAACGUGGAGCGCGCCGAGACGCCGGGCCUGCGCCGCAUCGUUCUCAUGGACGCCUUGGACGCCGCCUUGGUGGAGCGAGGCCGCGACUGCGGCGUCCACGUGCAGGCCCUGCAGGAAGUGGAGGCGCUGGGCAGGGAGCACCACGCCAAACCCUCCCCGCCAUCACCUGAUGACCUCUCCAUCGUCUGCUUCACCAGUGGAACCACAGGAAACCCAAAGGGGGUCAUGCUCACCCAUGGGAACGUGGUGGCGGACUUCUCGGGCUUCCUCAAAGUGACAGACAAAGUCAUCUUCCCCAACCAGGACGACUGCCUCAUCUCCUUCCUGCCGCUGGCUCACAUGUUCGAGCGCCUCAUUGAGUCGGUGGUGUACUGUCACGGGGGGCGGAUAGGCUUCUACCAGGGCGACAUCCGCCUCCUCCCCGACGACAUGAAGGUCCUGCGGCCCACCAUCUUCCCCGUGGUGCCUCGCCUGCUCAACCGCAUGUACGACAAGAUUUUCAGCCAGGCCAACACGCCGUUGAAGCGUUGGCUGCUCAACUUUGCUGCCAAGAGAAAAGGCGCCGAGGUCAGCAGCGGCAUCAUUCGCAGCGACAGCGUCUGGGACAAGAUCUUCUUCAGCAAGAUCCAGGCCAGCCUGGGCGGGAGACUGAGGAUGAUCAUAACGGGAGCGGCUCCGACAUCGCCGACCGUGCUCGGAUUCCUCAGAGCAGCUCUAGGAUGCCAGGUGUACGAGGCGUACGGGCAGACGGAGUGCACGGCGGGCUGCACCUACACCACACCUGGAGACUGGACGCCAGGCCACGUGGGGGCGCCGCUGCCUUGCAACCUCAUCAAGCUGGUGGACGUCCCCGACAAGAACUACUUUGCCUCCAAAGGGGAGGGGGAGGUGUGCGUGAAGGGACCCAACGUGUUCAAGGGCUACCUCAAAGACCCCGAGAGGACGGCGGAGACGCUGGACGGGGACGGUUGGCUCCACACGGGCGACAUCGGCAAAUGGCUUCCCAACGGAACGCUGAAGAUCGUGGACAGGAAGAAGCACAUCUUCAAGCUGGCGCAGGGCGAGUACAUCUCCCCUGAGAAGAUCGAGAACAUCUACAUCAGGAGUCAACCCGUGGCCCAGCUCUACGUGCACGGAGACAGCCUCCAGUCCUGCUUGGUGGGCAUCGUGGUGCCCGACCCCGAGGCCAUGCCCGAGUGGGCCAAGAAGAGGGGCAUCCUGGGCACCUACAAGGACCUCUGUAAAAACACGGAGCUUAAGAAGGCCAUCCUUGAGGAUUUGGUGCGUUUGGGCAAAGCCGGCUGUCUGCACUCCUUUGAGCAGGUGAAGAACAUCUACAUCCACAACGAGAUGUUCUCCAUCGAGAACGGCCUGCUGACGCCCACACUGAAGGCCAAGCGCCCCGAGCUGAGGGAGUACUUCAAGGAGAAGAUUGAGCACCUCUACAGCAGCAUCUCCAUGUGAACGCCACAACCACGUAUCCCCCGUGGCAUCUGGACACCAAAAACAAAAAACCAACAAAAAAAGCCACUUCCUGCGGGGCUGCUGUAGCUGAUCAGAGCCCGGCAGCAAAAAAACAAACAGUCACGCUCCAUUCAUGCACAUAGACGCCACCCAUCUGCACUUCGUCCAUGCCGGCCCCCGGAAGACCGCCCGCCUGAUGAGGACGUGGCCCCUGCAGCUCAUGCCGCUCUCUGCCAUCCCUUUUGCCCCGAGCGUCAGGACCAGGCAUGGAAAGAAGAAAAGCGGGCGUGUGCUUUGCUAAACAUCAGUCAGCGUUCACCUUGCAUCCUUUUCUUUUCACACAAGUCACGUAGAAGCUUCACAGGGCUGAUUCCCCCAAAGCGUCACCAGAGGUGGGUGGACGUACGUGCGCCAGGACGGCGACACCUAGACGUUAGCGUGUUUAUUACUCCUCAGCGCUCUCAAUCACCGCCAGGAUUUGGACUUGUACUUUUUUCAAGAGUGUCUAGUGACACCGAUUGUACUUUCUUGAACUUUUCAAUUUUUUUUUUUGCAGUCCCAAAAAAUCGGCACCAUAUCCUUGUAAUAACCAGCGGGGGUGGGGAGGAGUUGGGGUCAUCAAAUAAAGACA